UCAAGUACCGCUGCGGCGCUGCAGGUACAACCCAUCAAUCGACAGUACCAUAUUCCAGCAAAUAAUCCCUUCGGAAGAUUGCAGAAUAACAUACCAUUGCUCUUACGAAUCUAUCUCAGGCUUACAGGAUUCACGCUGCUACGUCUACAGUCUACUGGAUCUGUCUGAAACUAUCCGUACACCAUGGCUUACUUUUUCACGUCACCGGUCGAUGUCGAUGUCAAGCUCGAGGGGGAAGAAUCACGUAAACAAGUGGAGAUGAAAGUAGAGAAGGAACAUGGCGUCUCCUGUCCCGUUUACUAUGAUGGUGACUCUGUGGGCGGUCAGAUAACCAUACGAGUUCGGGAUGGAAAGAAGAUGACACACGAUGGAAUCAAAGUCGAAUUUGUUGGCAGCAUUGAACUCUUCUAUGACCGCGGCCAUCACCACGAAUUCUUGUCGCUUUCACAAGAGCUGGCUUCACCAGGUGAAAUGAGACAGGCUCAAACUUUUGAUUUCCUUUUCAAAAACGUGGAAAAGCAGUUUGAGAGUUACCAGGGUAUCAACGUAAAGCUUAGAUACUUUAUACGAGUAACCGUAUCAAGGAGAAUAGCAGAUGUAACGAAAGAGAAGGACCUAUGGGUUCACUCUUACCGCAUGCCUCCCGACAGCAACAAUUCAAUAAAGAUGGAAGUUGGCAUCGAAGACUGUCUACACAUUGAAUUCGAGUAUAACAAAUCAAAGUAUCAUUUGAAGGAUGUUAUUGUCGGCAAGAUUUACUUCUUGCUCGUUAGAAUCAAGAUCAAACACAUGGAACUUUCUAUUAUUCGCCGCGAAACGACAGGAUCCCCACCAAACCAAUACAAUGAGAGUGAGACCAUCACGAAGUUCGAGAUCAUGGACGGUGCUCCAGUACGGGGGGAAACUAUCCCAAUCAGGCUGUUCUUAGGUGGUUUUGAUCUAACACCGACAUUCCGGGACGUGAACAAGAAAUUCAGCACACGAUAUUACUUGAACCUAGUCCUUAUUGAUGAGGAAAACCGACGUUAUUUCAAGCAACAGGAAAUUACCAUAUUUAGGAUACCAGAGAAUUGAUAUCAUUUUCCUUUAUUUCUCCGUGUACAUAGUGUUCCACUUUUUCCACUGGCAGCGUCUCAAACAUGAACCUGGGAGCGUAAGUCACUCUGGUCAGGCGCUAAUAUGGUCUGCCGGUGAGUCUUCCCAACAUGAUGUAUCUUUUUGUUUGGGAUGGUCUAUACUGCAACGAGUCAUUCCCAAGAGAAUUGGUCCAUUAAAAGUCAUUCAUGCACGAUCCAUAUUAAUAAUCAAACAGUUUAAAGACAGCUGACGUGGUUACAGGGUUUAAAUGUAAAUGAUACACAAUAGUCCAUAAUCUAUCCAUGAGUCUGUCGAUAGGUAUCUCUGUAAGUUAACACAUGACAAAAUCACGGAUAGCUUAGUAUCUAAUCCGUCAAGAAAAAGCUCCGUCCUUCCGCAAAUUCGUCAUUUUCUCUGGUGGUACUGAGCUCACUUAUUGGGUUGUUCACAGGCGGCGCGACAUCGCCCAUAUCCCUGACUGAGCCAUGUUGGGACAUUACUCGCUCCCUCGUCAACUGAAAGACUACAUUUGUAGGGGUUGGUGUCAUCCUCAUCGGCACUCGUCCCACGCUGAGCCGUGGUACCAACGGAAUAUCUGAUCUCGAGGGCGGGAAAUUUUGCCUUGCCACGUCUGGUGGACCCCGAAAGUUCGCCGAAAUAUUAGCUCCCUCUGCAGGCCCACUUCUGUACUGCUCGAUAUCACCCCGAGUAAGCGUCUGGAUUUGAGAGCGACCCGCUGCGGCAAGCCAUUCAGCCGACUGGACACUGUAUUCGCUGUCUAUCUGGCUUUGUCUGCUUUGUCUGCUUUGUCUGCUUUGCCUACUUCUUCUGCGUGCAUCCAUGUCUGUUGAGAAGGUUUGAGCACCUUCAGCUCCGGGACUGGUGGUAUGACGUUUGGAAUAGACAGUUGUACCAGUCCAAGGCGUGGUAAGACUGACAGGGGAUGCGG